AUGGCAAAAAAUGGGUUUUAUACAGAAGAACCGCGGGAAAAAUUUGCGUUGGGAAAGAAAAUGAUAGUAAGUUGAUCCAGCCGCGUAUAGGUAGGCCUAUACACUGUUUGCUGUUGAACCCGGGUAUAGGUUAUAAUAUAGAAUAUGAAUGGCAACUAUAUCAGAGUAGAAAUAUAGUCAGCUUAUAGAAACCAGGGCCGUUUCUACGAAAGCUGUAUAAAGUAUCUGGUUGAUAAGUCUCAUCCGAAGGAUAAAUGCGUUAUCCAUUGGACAAAAGUGCGCUGUACGAAGCACGGUUAUCAGGGUGAAUAUGGCUAUCCGACGACUAAGCUGAAUUUUCGACAGUAAUUUUUCUGUUUUAAUGACGUAAAAGAAAAAGCAAUACAAAAAACAAAAUUCGGCCCGGCGAACGUCCGUAAUUUUUUCAAAAUAUGCUUAGUAAAGCUUUUGAAUACACUUCAGCAUACAUAAAAUAAAAUACUGCAUAUAUCAUAUUUAGACACAUUAUUUUGUAUAAUAGGUCCAUUUGCCAUCUGGAAUAACCGUUACAAUUGGACGAAGUGGACUUAGAGAUGAUUCUUUAGACAUUAUAAUAAGUGCACCAGAACCGAAUUAUGAUCAAAAGGGUCCAGAUACGCAUAGCGAAGGCCUAUGCGGUAACUUUAAUGGUGACCCGAAUGACGACUUUGAAGGACGGUCGUAUUGGGAGUUUUGCCAGCGUCACAGGUAAAAUUGGGAGUUUUACAAGCAACAUUUUCCCAUAAAAAACGAACUCGAAUAGUUAUUCAAAAUAAAUAACGGCUUUAUAAAGUCAAGCUAAAUAGAAAAAUUAAUGACGUUGAUCGGACAAUUAAAUAUUUUGAUGUCAAGUGCAACAAGUCACAAACUUUCUUUCAUUUCUUUCAGAAUUCAAAGUGGUUCUGCUGAAGAUAUAUUCGCAUAUGAAGGAAACGAUACAGUUUACCAAGAACUGUAUGACACGUGCCUGAACGAACAGCUAUGCGUUUGUAAAAAUAAACAGCAGGAGUGUGACACGGACGGGGUAAUCGCUAAAUGUUCUCCACUAGAACAGAAUGGUCGAAUUGCUGAGGGUAAGAAACAAAAAUACACGCACUAUAUAUAAUCUUAUAUAAACACCUUGCAUCAUAUGUCAAUUUCAGUGCUAUAACUAUACCACAAUAACAACACGCAUGGGCGUCAAUCCUGGAGGGUGGGGACACGGCUUGAAAGAGCAUCACAGAAUUAGUAAUAUUCCGACGUUUCGUUGCGAAAUGUUGUAAAAUGCAGAUAAUAUAUAGCCCUGCGAAGUUUUCAGUCAUUUUGUAUUACGCACGGGAAAUUGAUACCUUUUUUCAGAAAGCGGGUAAAAGUUGUACACUUAUCAUUGCAAUCUAACUAAAUGAAUAACUAACAACUAAUAUAAUUAACAACUUUGACGUGCUUAUCCCACUUGCACAACCUUGUUUUUAGCGGAUUUCUCACAUGGUUAAAAAUGGAUUUAAGAUUAGCACAUUGUACUAUAACUUUACAAGUGCCUCCAAAACUCUGGAAAUGCCAUUUCAGUGUUCCAAAAUUAAAAAAAAAUUCGGGUAGCAUAACACCGGAUCUUUACUUUUUACUAAUUUCCUAGACUUUUAAAUUUUUACUCCAAAUUGUGUAUAUAAAAAUUUCCGAUAGUUUGUAAAUAUUAUUGCAUGCCUAUAGUUAUGCUCUUCUCUUUUAAUAGACAUUAUUGUAAAUCCAUUGUAUUUUUAAACUAAAGAUGAAUCAAUAAAAUCAUCAUCAUCAUAAAUUAAAUUUGGUGCCCUAGCUCUGAUGUCUGAAGAAAUAACGUAUGUAUGAUAUUUUUACAAAUAGAUUUGUGUCGUGGAAAUCGCGUAAUUGCUAAAAGAGAUAUCAAUAAGCGUCGGAAAAGAGCAUUAGAUUCCCGAGAUGAUGAUAUUGAUGAUCAGGACGUUAUUCCGCCAUACAACCCACCCAUACAUAAUUAUACCGCUCCUUCAUGGCCAACUCCCAGUGGACUGACAGAAGAAAACGUCACGAAGAUAUGCAAUAGAAAAAUAAGGUAUUCGAAGGGCGGUGAAAGUUGUGGUGCUGUUGCUGGUGUCGAUUUGGAUGCUCUUGUUAAUCAAUGCAUCUCUGAUAUCAAGGUAUAUAAUACAAAAAUAAAAUAAACAUAAUACGAGAGUCAGUCAAAAGAAAGUACGUGAAACAGCUUUUAGACAAAUUUUAAAGCUUGUAUUGAAAAGGUAUCGUUGUGCAAGAGCACGGUUUCCAUAUUUUUUUUUGUUCCCUCGCAAUAUAAAGAGGGAUAUAAUCGGAAUUAUAUAUAUAUAUAUAUAAAAUAAAAAAUAUAUAUAUAUAUAUAUAUAUAUAUAUAUAUAUAUAUAUAUUUUUGUAAUAUAUAAGUGCUUUAAAUGGCUUAAAAAACGACUCAUCUUAUACGAGUUCAUUGGCGAAGUAAUUUUUAAAAUAAACUUUGUCUAAACCGAGAAAAUCAAAGCUAAAGUUUAUCACAUAUAAAACCACGACACGCUUAUGAUUUUUCUUUGUGUUUUGCUCCUGAAUUAUUAAUGAGUUUUUUAAAUAUAUAUAUUCCAUUAGCAUUUUGUAAGGACAUAUGUCACGUCGCUGAAGUAUGUAAUGUUAAAUUGCUUGAUAAAUUCAUUCUUUUUACCACUACAUAUAAUAUCGUGUUCUAAUAUUGCAAUUUAUAUAUACGUAUAUAUAGAAUUUAAAAUCAACACGCCAUUAUUAUAAAAAAGCAAUAUUAAGUGGCUAAUAAUCUAAUGAGUAAAGUCUAUAUAAGGGAGUAUUUUCCUGCGGACGACAUGGAAAGUUUUAAUUUUCUUUCAUGUCUACAUUUUUAUUUAGUAUUCGAUAUUAUGUUAUCUGUUUCCCAAGCGAGUAGGGGGGAAACAUAUUUGAAUUGUUUUGCACCAUUGUAUUGUACUAUUUACUUGUACUUUUUGUUCCAUAAUCAUUUUCAAUUCGUGAAAGUCAAUAUAGCAAUCGAUAUUUUCUGCGCGACUUUGUUAAACCCCAGAGAACUAUUUGGAAAAGAGCCUACAGUAUACUAAAUCGUUUAUUGGAUUUUUAAAAUAGUUGUCAGUUUAAAAAUUGUUGAAAAAAAACACACACACUCUACCUACACAGUUAACUGAUGAUCCAUCGUGGGCUGUAGCCAAUUUUGGAGCCAUGAACGAAAUUUGUAAGAAGAAUGUGUACAAGAACAUAACCUACUACAAGAACAAUACAGAUGGCAAGUUAAGUCUUGAAACAACCGUUCUUGAUUCAUUAUGUCCAAAUGAUUGCUCAGACCGCGGAAAUUGUUCAAACUCCACUUGCACUUGUUUUGAAGACUACACAAGCGCCGACUGCUCAAUAUCAUUAAAAGAUAGUCCUAUCCUAUAUGGCAUACGUAAAUCAGGAUUAUGUGAUGUAAGAAGAAGGCCAUGUCGCAAUGUUGGUAUAUAUGCUUUCCCAUUGCUGGAUUCUGAAAAUCUUACAUGCCAUGUCCAAGAAUUCAAGGUAGGAUAUUCAACUUCUUUCACGAUUAAGUCCCCCCGCCCCACACUUAUUCGUGGCACUACAACGCUAUAGCUUUAGAAUGUGAAAGUUUCUGACUUUUAUGCGGGAUGAAAUCACAAUCUUAUUUUACCCAUUUGACUGAUCAAAAUAGUCAAAAUUGAAUUAAAAUACUCGUUAAUAAUUCAUAAACCUUGUAACAUAUCACGAAUGAUAAAAUCAUAAAGACAAGUCAUGCCUCGUGUUGACAACUCGCAAAACUACAACAUCCACUCUCGCGAGGACGAGGCAGUACACUGAACGUCAAAUACUCAAAUGUUAGAGUAGCGAAACAGAACGCAAGAAAGCUCAUUUUUAUGCAAGAUUUAUACACGUUCAUCAAAUUUAGCGAAAUUUCUGCCACUCACGGGGCUCGUAUUGUCAGCGCGAAUAUUUCACACAAAAUGUCCAGUUCUGUGCAAAAUGUUCAAUUUUCAUCGCAAAAUCCGCUGGAAAAUUCGAGCCUGCGGCACUGGGAGAUACUGAUAUACUGCGUAACUGUAAUUUCUUAAAGGUUAUUGAAUCAGCGUGGACCCCCGAUAAUUCCAUCGCGUCGUACCCUGGGUUGAUGAUGGACAUCAAUGAAGUGAAAUGUUUACUCCCUGAAUCGCCUGUUAACAUCGAUGACUAUGGCAACGAAGGGAUAACAGCUGCUGGACUAAAGAUUGCAGUAUCCAAUAAUCGUAUAAACGCCUCCAAAGUGUCCGCGGUGUUUAUUACCUAUGACUCAGUGUGUCAAGAAUGUAAUAAUACCAUUAAGGGAUGUCGACUGAAGGUAAACUUAGCAGAGUGUUGUGAAAACGAUCAGGGGACCGUUUCCUUCUAAAUUUCGCUUCACAGAAUACUUAACUAAACCUUAAGGUUAAACCCAAAGUACUGAAUAUUGCAAUUACUUUCAAUUAAUCAUAUUUUACCAAAUUAACAUAGACUGAUGCCUGUUUCAUUUCUGCUCAUUGCUUUGCCCAAAAUCAAACCCAUCCCAACGACUGGUGUCAACAAUGCCUGCCACAGAUAUCAACAAACUCCUGGGAGAAGCGAAAAGGUAAUAUAUAUGAUACGCUCAAAAUGGCGACACGCUUUAGCUAUCUCUUCAAUCCACACUUUAUACUGAUUAUUCAAAUAAAACCAAAUAAACAAGAUCUUAAUAUGUGCUUCUACAAUAACAUUUUUCAGACAAUCAGAGGCCAAAGUUUACUACUUCAACUAUUUUCCACGCCUUCCUUGGUGAAGAACUUCGCGUUCAACUUACCGCGAUAGACCCGGAGAAUAGAACAAUACGCUAUACCUUCGAUAGUACACUUGGUGCUUCGUUGACAGAAAGAGGAUUAUUCACUUGCACUAAAAACACCAAUGAUUCAACAAUAGUUAUAUUUAAUGUGACAGACGAAUGUGGAGCGUACUCUGUUUUACACGCUUCGGUUGUUAUAAAAGAAUGUCCAUGUCAAAAUUCAGGAGAAUGCCAUCCUGAUUAUCGCUAUCUUGAUGGAGCAGGAAACUUCACGUGUUCAUGUCCUGCAGGAUAUACGGGUACCCUGUGUGAGCUUGAUGUCAAUGAGUGUGCAGUGUCUAAACCUUGUUCUAAUGGGAAUUGUAAUAAUGAACAACCAGGAUUCUCUUGCUCUUGUUAUGUUGGAUAUACUGGUGAUCUUUGCCAAACAGAGGUAAUCAUUUGAACUAAUUUUCAAUAAACCCUCACAACUGGUACCAUGUUUUUUGACAAACAAUUUUAAUUUUAAAUAAAUAGAGCGGUAUUUUUCUUUUAUCCGGAUGUUUUUGUGUGCGCAUUCAAAAAGCAAGCAAGCAAGAUAAUCAAUCCUCAAAACAUUUCCAUUCUAUUUAAGAUCAACGAAUGUGCACCUAAUCCGUGUUUUCUUGGAGUCCCUUGUGCAGAUUUGAUUGCCUCAUUCAGUUGUGGGCCGUGUCCGGGUGGAUAUUCUGGCAAUGGAGUAAACUGUACUAGAAUGGAUGGAAGUAAGUACUGCAGGGCCGUCGGAAGCGGGGGGGGGGGGGCACAGGGGGAUUCCAUUUCUUUUCAUACUUUAGUCCACUUUUGUACAAGCUUGCAAUUACAACAGUUUUUGUUUAAUAUUCAUACUGUGUGUAUAUGUCGAUCAAUAGGAACAAAACUGAUUUCAUAUUUAUGAUCGAAUACAAAGCAAUCGUUGUUUCAAAACAAGGGGAUGCAUAAUUUUUAAUUGCAAGAAAUCUCAACUUUAAUUCAAAUUCCCCAACGCUUCGGAAAUGCAAAACGAAACAAAUUAAUUUAAAUAUAUUCAAAUUUUUUAGAAGUAAAUGAAUGUGUGAAAAAACCUCAAGUAUGUCAUAGUAACGCAAAAUGUAUGUACAAUAAUGGAUCUUAUGUGUGUCAGUGUACAGAUGGGUACACAGGAGAUGGCAAAAACAAUUGCACAG